UAUUUUUCCUAUCACUACUUUUUAUGCCUAUUAUUAUGCGAUUUUUGGUAUAUGUUUGUGGUAUUUUUAUAAUUUAAUCGUUUUUUUCAUUGCUUUAUUAAAAAAAGAGAUAGAGAGUGUCUGUAAUGAUGAAUGUUCUUCGAUCCAUGUUCGGGGUAUGCAGUAGCUCGGCUGAGAAGGGGGAGGUACACGAUACAAUCCGGAAGGUGUUCGGUAAUGAUAUGAUCAUGAAGGACAAUACAGAUAAAUAUACACAGAGAAAUAAAUAUAUCAGUCACGUGAGAGAUAAUCUGCCCAAGAUGUUGGACACAAAAAUAGCAAGUCAUAAGUCUAAAUCAGCCAAGAAACAUGCUCCUAUUGUUACUGAGACGCCUGAAUCUGAUGAUAGACCAGGACGUGUGGGACCGAGAAUUGUGGUCUUUGACGCUUCAACUGGUACAGGCCGUCUCGUGUUGGUUGGUGAUGAACGAGUUAGUGUACAAGGUCUCUCAAGUUUCGCCACAAUCAGAGCCACAGCUUGUGUUUUUGCCGGCAAAUGGAUGUAUGAGGUGCAACUCGGCACAAAAGGAAUUAUGCAGAUCGGAUGGUGUACAGCUUCUUGCGUAUUCUCAAUGGAUACCGGAGUGGGCGAUACAGCGCAUUCUUAUGCUUACGAUGGUGGAAGAAUCAGGAGGUGGAAUGUGGCCACUUCUCCUUACGGACAGGCAUGGUUGCCGGGUGACGUCAUCGGUUCCUGUAUCGAUUUGGAUAAAGGAACCAUGGAGUUUUACAGAAAUGGUAUAUCGUUGGGUGUCGCGUUCGAUAAAGUAACACAUGGUGCUGGUCUCGCUUAUUUUCCGUCUGUAUCACUAAAUACAUACCUUUUUUUUAUUUUCCGUGUUUGUCUCUCUAUGAUACACGUACCCUUUGUAUUUCCAGUGGACGGUUAUGCACCACUGCAGGCGCCACCUAACAGAGAAUGUUCUAGAGCCUCGCUGCUAUUCAAAUAUCUGGACGGGCUAUUAGACGAACUGAAUCUGAAUCGUCUUUCUGAACUAAAACCACCACUAACUCCUAAAAGUAGUAAGUCCAAGUCAGAAUCUUCAAGAGCCCCUGAAGAGGAGGUGGCACUCCGCAUCCAUAGUUCUGAGUCAGCGUACACUCCCCGACCAUCCCCUCAUACUAUUAUCAAUGCCCAAAGUGCAGAGAUGAAGAAAAUGUCCAAAAAAGCAUUCCUCAUGUCCCUCGCACGUAUUGUUGUUGUGGAGUUGGGAGGUUGUCUUCGUUUGUCUUACGUGGUGGUGAAUGAACUCCUGCCUCGGCUGAGAGGAGCUCUCGGCUUGAGGAGCAGGGGCAUACACGUUGACCAACAUGCCAGUGAAUUCUACACGAAAAUCCGCGAUGAAAACUUUAAAAAUCUUUCGGCUUUAUUUUUGGCUCAGCCGCAACCGCGUUUGUGCACUUUACUGGAUCUUCUCUGGAUAUUCCUGGAUGAAGCAGCACUUUGUGAUAUCUUGGAGCAUUGUGUCGUUAGAGAAUGUUUGCUGUUUGAUUUGGUAUCUCCGGACAUGUUCUUUAUGCAGCAAACGGAGGGUGUAUACGUUUUAUGCGGGCUGAUGCAACAUCGUGGUACUAGGCACCAUCUUGUCAAAUACGUGUUCUUCAAUAAAAUCACGUUCGAUAACUUCCUAAACGUGAAGUGCCCUGAUGAUGCAGUAUUACGCACAGUAAUUAGGAAGCCCUGGUGGCAAAGACCCACUUCUGUACAAGGCGAGACAGAUCCAAGAAUAGCAGAAAUGGCUGAAAAGGGCACAAUAAAGCGUUCAUCAUUUGCACCAACGGGAACAGACAAAAUAUCAAAGCUGCUACCAGCUCAAAGUAAUUCAGAUCUAGAAAACCAGUACCGAGAAGAUUGCGACAAAAUAACAAAGUUUAUAGCGCCCUUGGAACAAAUUCAGUUGGAGUUUGUGCUAAUGCUACUAAAUAAUUCAGAUGGCACGAAUAUGGUACCGUCCACUCGUAAGAUAUUCUUAGAGAAGUUCCGUAGAUACAUAAUGGAUAACUGCAUACUGGACAUGAGGCUGUUCAACAUCUCCCGCAAUUCUCCAGCUAUCUCGUGGUGCUGUCACGCUCGUCUCCUCACCGCCGUACUCAAGUUGUGGAGCGAAAAUCCAGUUGGAAACCCAAAUUUACCACCACAUCUGCCUGCUAAGACUUUCAUAGAUGGAGAAUUGGACUUCUAUAAUGUGGACCGUUUGGGCGGAGUCUUACCAUUUCUCGUAAGGACUCUGAGACAGGACCUGGUAAAUGUUCUUGGAGAAGACAAUCCUUUCAUACAAAGCUUUGAGCCCAGCUAUAAUAGGGCGGGAGGUAUUGACACAGGUGUAAGCGAUAUGACUGCUGGUUCUCCAGGUUUGGCCACACUUCCACAGGUUAUAUCUUCAAUGGCCAGGUUCAUGCAUCAGCCUAUGCCACCAAUGACGAAUAGAACAACGGGUGAGACGUCUUUAACUUUGAAAGGGACACGGUCCAUGAUGCCCGGCGCUGGUGCUAUAGAUGUCAGAUCGGCGCAUUUAAGAUUGGUUGAUGGUCUAUUGGCCUUAUAUCAUGGAGCUGCCAUUAAACAUGCUGAAAAACUUUGUGAAUUAAGAGACAACCAGUUGGACAUGGCAGAUUGUCUUCACGACAUUGAGCAAAGAAUCUGUAACGUUACCACAGAUGCACAAGUAGAUUUAGGUUCAAAUGAAGAAUUGACGGAACAAGAAAAACUAAGAAAACAGUUAAUGGAGAAAAUAGUGAAAGAAUUGGAAAGAUCAAAAGCCGUAUAUGAGGAAAAGUUAGAGGCGGGAUCUCUACAGAUGGCCUGGGUGAUCGGCGCCAUAUGGACGAAACAAAGACAGGCGGAGUUGGCUAAACAUUUCUCAGGGGCUUUACAUUCUUUGAGACUGUCGUCAGACAUCAAUUAUGCAGCGCAUACACAAGUAGCGAGUAAAGAAAUUCUACCGGGGAAAAGCUCUAUCCUGGAUGGCACCAGUUACGCAUCCCUUCAACUUGAAUAUACUUCUAGCUCAGAUCAAAGUCCACAGAGUCCAAUCUCAAGGGUUACAACUCCUCGAGCCGGGUCUAAUUCACAAUUCGGAACACCCGAUCCUGCAUGUACCCAGGACUAUGCAGAAUCUCUUUUCGCAUUCGUCCCAGAAUACCACGUGGAUGCUAUGCUAGAAUUAUGUAAUACUCUGCGACUAUACAUGCAUCCAACUGUACCAAUACAACAGCUUCCAGAAUGGGAGGAGUUAGUGGUAUCCUGUGCAGCGUUCCUCUGCGCGGAAUUUGCUGACCAGCGGAUAGUUCUAGCCAGUACAAGAGAGUCUCUAGUGCAGACUCUGGCAUCGUUUGCAACACAGCCAACUACUAUGCGAGCCAUCGAAAGAGUGCCCUUGAAACAACAAAUGUCAAUGGUAGAAGAAUUAGUACGGCCAUACCAGAAUCGUGCAUGGGCGCAGUCAAAUUGGGUGCUGGUGAGGUUUUGGCACGGGUCAGGGUUCGGAUUCCGACAUCGUCAGUGGCCGCACCUAGCCGCCAGGUACGGCGACAGAGAACCGACUGUAAACAAUUUGGGUGCUAAAGUAGAUGCUGGUCUUAUGAGCCAAUGCUUUGGUCCGUGCCCAUCAGAAAUAAUCCAGAAUCGAAUACGAGAUUACUUAUCAUCACACCCGAAAGACGCUGCAGCAUUCUUGAACUCACUCCUCAGUCAGCUGAACUGGGCAUUGUCUGAGUUCAUCACCAUGAUGCAAGAGAUGGAUCGAGUAUACGUUGAUGCACACCUAGAGUCUAGACAAAUAAAGUUGUGCGCAACCUGUUUUGAUUUAUACCAUGGACUUGCUCGAGCGUUAGAACUGUGCAUGUACUUGGCACCAGAUUUGCUCACGAAACCCGAAGCCAGUGACAACCAAAAUGAACUUCUUCUGGGACGGACGUGUCAAAUCAUAAUGGCUGUCAUAUCUCGGGUUUGUGUUCGUGGUGGCGGAGGAGCGGGCUUCGCCAGGCUGGUGGCACGAGGCCUCCCUGAUACUGAUAGAGUGCACUACUACGUCGCUCUGACGCCCAUCGCCGGCUGCCUCAUCAGGAUGUUGGAUCCCAAAUUACCUCCUGAUCAUCUGGAUAAGGUGACAAAAGCUUUAGUAACAGAGCCCCUUUUUCGUGUCGAUGGACUGGAGUUUAUGAUUGGAAAAACCAAAGAUAAAGAACACUUCUCUUUCUAUAAUUAUCCUGAUGAUAUAACAAUAGAAGAGAUGAAAGCUUUCGAAGUAGUGGUGGAUCGACUGCGAGUGGCUCGUGACGCAGUGGUCAAAGCCAGGUCUCCAGGAUCUAGUGGGGCGCAGUCAGAACUGCUGUGCACCAUUUGUUACGCGAGGCCUGCUGAUACAGCAUUUGUUCCGUGUGGACACCAUUCUUGCAGAGCCUGCAUUAUGCAACACUUAUUAAACAGUAAGCAGUGUUUCUUCUGCAAAGCUGACAUAGACUCGGUUAAGGAAAUAGAACCAGCAAAUAAUUAAAACCUUAACCUUUCUUUAAUGCAUAAAAUGUUACCAAAGCUGUGACAGAGUUUCAAACAUUUGCGUAUUAAAAGAAAAUCAGUAUGAACUAUAUAUAACAUUAUUUUAAACUUUUUUCACUGUUAUUUCAUUAUUCACAUUGUAG